UCAAUGAGUUGCUAGGGGUGGUUUUAUAUAAGGGAUAACCACAAAAAAAUUGAACCAUAAAAUAAUAUAUGGUUGAAGACGAGGAGUCACUAGGCUCAGAGGUGCAAAAGUUAUGCCUGGUGUAGUAGAAGUAGGUAAAACGAAAAGAAAUUGAAUCACAGUAUUUAGUACGAAGUGCGUACUGAUAAAAUUUAAAUCAACCUCAUACAUCCGGCAAAUGUUAAAAACAUACGUGUCAACAAUUGACAGCUGUGCCUUUUCGCAUGCGUAUCGUUUUGGAAAAUGUUUUAAGACCGAUGCAAAAUCACGACAUUAGUACUAUUUCGUUAUUUUUAAGUGAUAUAAUUACUGUGUAGUUUAAUUAAUUCCGGAGACUAUCGACUGCCGAUAAGAUUACCACGAGUUAACACGUUUACUAACAAUCGCAGUUAGCAAAAGUAAAUGUGGCACCGUUUUGAAGCGUUCAAUGUCUAAGUGAAGAUAACCCGUUUUUUACAGUUAUGUUUCCGACAUGUCUGACAAAGGAAAUCGAGAAGAAAGCCGAAAGGGAGCUGGGAGAAACCGCCGAAGUUAGGGAUUUGGAACUGAAACAGAUUAGGGAGUGGAUCACUCAGCAACCCUUUCUAAGCCAAACGCCAGGUGAUCUGUUACUUUUGAACUAUUUACGGGGAUGCAGGUUCGACCAAGCUAAAGCCCGGGAGAAACUAUCGCACUAUUUCACCAGAAGGGCGCAUGUGAGGGAUAUUUAUCUGAGCAGAGAUCCGGAGAAAGCAGAACUCGAUGAUGUCCUAUCGAGGGGAAUUAUUUCGCUCGCGAUGUCCGAGGACACAGAAAUGAUUAUACUGCGAUGGGAACACUGUGACGUAAAGAAGGUGCCUUUGUUAAACGUGCUGAAAUUGGGAUUUAUGCUUUUUGACGUAUUUGUUCACGAAAGUCCCACCUUUAUGGCGGUGGGGCACACCGUACUUAUAGACUGCCAAAAUCUACCCUUCGGGUACAUCAAGCAAUUCAGCCCCUCUCUACUUAAGGAAUUAGAGUAUAUUAUGUUUAAAGCCUAUCCUACAAGGAUUAAAGGAGUGCACAUUGUUAAUCCAGGCACGGUUAUGGGAAUCAUGGUUAGCAUGUUUAAGCCAUUUCUACCAGAAAAUAUUAAAUCACGGAUCAAAAUCUAUACAAACGGCGGCACGGGUGAUAUUUUAAAGCACAUCCCUUCGCACGUGCUACCCCAAGAGUACGGAGGAAGAGGGGAAUCGAUUGACACUCUAAAGGAACAAGGAAAAUACUGAAGGACAGACGAGCGUGGUUUGUUAAUGAAGACAACAGGAUCAUUAUUGACCAGGCUCUCAAAGGUAGAGACGUUUACGUGUAGAUUCAGUGAUCACCAAAUGAUUUCGUCAUGUAACACUUCAUCCAGUGUGGUUGCGUACAUAUUUGAUUAGACCAAGCCAAGUAGUUGUUAUCAUACGAUAUUGAUUCGGUGACACAUUUUGUUUUUGUUCGAAUAAAGGUCACUAGCGUGUUA